AUGUAUUCACGGCCAGCAGCUCGUUUGAUUAGCACAUUUGCUCGUCGAACAUUAACAACGCAAGCACGCAAUAAUGGUCGACAACAAUAUCAAUGGUCACGUGCACGUUGGAACUAUGCUCGUACAGCCACAACCGGUUUCGCUGCUGUGACACUUUCCGGUGGUAUUGCUUUUGUUUUACACGCAUCAACAGCUCCCGGUGAUAACAAAAGAGCAACACCAUCGAAAGUUGACUAUGACCAAGUACGAAAAUCCAUUAGUGCCCUAUUAGAUGAUAACAACUAUGAUGAUGGAAGCUAUGGACCAUUAUUUGUGCGAUUGGGUUGGCAUGCUAGUGGUACAUAUUCACAUAUCGACUCAACUGGUGGUUCAAAUGGUGGCUGCAUGCGAUUUGAACCGGAAAGUGGUUGGGGUGCAAAUAAAGGAUUAAAUUUGGCACGUGAACGUUUAGAAAGUGUUUAUCGUGCUCAUCCCGGUUUAACUUAUGCUGAUUUGUAUACAUUAGCUGCUGUUGUUGCCAUUGAAGAGAUGGGUGGCCCAACAAUCAAAUGGCGUCCAGGUCGAGAUGAUCACAAAGAUGGGAAAAAAUCGCCAGCUGAUGGACGUUUACCUGAUGCUGCUCAAGGUGCACAACAUAUUCGAGAUAUUUUCUACCGUAUGGGUUUCAACGAUCAAGAAAUAGUCGCAUUAAUCGGUGCACAUUCACUUGGACGUUGUCAUCCAGAUCGAAGCGGUUACGAAGGACCUUGGACAAAUGCUCCAACGACAUUCUCCAACGAAUUCUUUCGUCUUUUGUUAGAAGAAAAAUGGCAAUUGCGUCGAUGGAAAGGUCCCAAACAAUAUGAAGAUGUAAAAACCAAGACCCUGAUGAUGUUACCAGCUGACAUGGCAUUGAUUGAAGAUCCUGAAUUUCGUAAAUAUGUUGUUCAAUAUGCUACAGAUGGUGACAAAUUUGCCAAGGAUUUUGCUGCUGCUUUCGAAAAAUUAUUAGAAUUAGGUGUGGAAUUCAAAACCACAGAUGGCAGCCGCCAUGGCAAAAACGAAUCAUUUUGGAAACGAAUUUUUGGUUAA